UCUGCGUGGAGUAAAUGGAUAGAUACUUUUCAUACACAGUCAGGCACACACACACCAACAGUAAUUCAGUCAACAGACAAUAAUGAUUCUAAAAAGAACCGAGAGCAAGAGUUCGAGAGGCGUGAGAACCUCAUCGUUGACUACUCAGCUAUCUCGCUACUCAUUCAACAGCACACAUACAUGCGUACAUACAUACAUAGCGCCUGAACCACCUACCUCGUGACAAGGGGGGGAAAAAGACAAGGGUAAUGCCCUCUUCCUUUUUUUUUCUUUUCGUUCUCCGUCACACCCUCUCUGAAGCGAAACAUGAAAGAGACCUCCCGAGGACAUGGCAGUCCUUAUCCACCUUUUCUUUUGCGUCCGUCCUUCCGUCCGUCUUGUCUCACAAACCCUAUAGAAGAAGAGAAGAAAAAAGAAGUAGAAGUAGAAGAAAACAGUAAAACAGUAAAAAAAAAAAAAGAAGGAGAAAGCUCCCUUCCGCUUUUCUUUGAAGCAGUAGUGGAGAUAUCGAAGGCAAGACAGAAUAAAACCCUUCCACCAGUCAUGGUUUCCUUUCUUCGCCAUUAUUUCCUCGCCCCUUCCCUUCCCUUCCACCCAAAAAGAAGACAUUUCUCUGGAUAUAUUGAUUGUAGCCGAAAGGGGACCAUACCCUUAAAAAAUAAACCUGAAGCCAGAGACCAACCAACCAGGUAA